AUGGUCGAUGUCUCUGCAACAAAUGUGCACCAUCGGUUCAAAAUCAAAUUCAAAAUCAAAUCGAGGAGAUUCAAAAUGACGAACGGCUACUUGAGCGACCAUCGCCAUCACCAGCAGCUAGAACAGCUAUCCCAGAAGAGCAUGCCGAUACUCAACAACAACAACAACAACAACAACAACAACAACAACAACAACAACAACAACAAGAGCAGCAGCGGACAUCGCCAACCGAACAGCAGCAACUCGCACACCAACAGCAGCUCCAGCGACAUGAAAAUUGGGUAG